AUGGAUUUGUCGCUCCAAUGGAAAUGUGCUCGUCAACUUAGACCGAAAGAAGUUCCGCCUAGAGCUCUAGCAAAUGGUUUAGAAGUUUGCACUAUUCCUGAUGAAUUAAAAAGACUUAAUUAUCUUGAGAAACUGUUAGUUGCUCUGCAACGCGGUACUCAUGGUCCACUUUAUUGUGUGUCUGCUAAUGUUCAUGAAACAGUUACAGCUCUUCCUCGUCCAGUUGCACAUACUAGAGAAGCUUUAGAAUGUCUUAAAAGUAUGAAUGACAAUUAUAAAGAGAUAGAAAUUAAUGAAAUUGAUGAUAAUUAUCUUGCAAAUCAUCCAGCUACAAUGGAUAGGCGGGUUAGUGCUGAUAAGGAUGAGAGUGAAACAAUAGAUGAUAGAACUGAAAGUGAAGUUAACGAUGUUGUUGGAGAAGCAAUGCAGGUAGAUAAUAACAAUGAUUAUAAUGUUGCUUACGCACAAACUGCAGCCGAUGGUGUUGGUGAAAGAAACGAUAGUGAUGAUAGUGUUCAAGAAAAUGCUGCUGAUGUUGAGGCAGGAGCUUUAGAAAGUGAUAGUGAAAGUGAUUCAGAUAGCGAACGAAAUAGGAGUAGAAGAUACAGACGAUGUAAAUUUAAUUUUAGUACACAUUCAUGUUUACAACCUACAGAUUUAGAAAAUUAUGUUUUAGAUCAAAAGAUAGUUAGUCUAGCGCCAGCAGAAUAG